ACCCACGCCGCGCGCAGACAGCCCGAGUGCGGAGCCCUUUGCUUUACCCCCGCCGCAAGCCCGCCCCGCUGUGCCAGGCUCGGUAGCGAGGGGGGCGGGUCUCUGGCGGGAGGGGGCGGUGUCAGCAGGCGGCGGCGGCGUCCCCUGGAGCUGGUCCCGGGUUGCUCCCGGACGGUGUGGGGUAGCGGCGGCGUGGCGGCCUGCGGGGCGGCUGGGACACAUGGGGGACGCGCUGGACGAGCCUUGGUGGGAGCCGCAGCCCGGAACACACAGUAGCAGCGACAGCAGUAACCCAGAAGCAUCAAUUAUUGGACAGUCUUUGAAGCAGAUUAGACUUGGAUUGGAUAGACCAGUGGGCUGACUAAGGCUCCUUCUGAUGAUGAAGAAAUGGAAAAAUCAACCAACACAAGUAAACCAGUACAGCCUGACUCAGACUCCGGGUCCAAACCUGCUACAGCAAAGAAAAGAAAACAGCCUGCGGAAUGUUUUCUAACUCGUCCUGAGGAAAAAGAAGAACACACUGUGAAGGUGAAAAGGAGAAGGAAGAAGAAAAUUUCUGAUAUUCUUGCAAAAUCAUCUCCAAAACCAGGUGUCCCUGAAGACCUACAAAAGCUACUUAAUCAACACUUUGGUACUAAACGUUCAGUGAUUGAACUAGAAGAGUUAAAACUGCCAGAUUCCUGUUUCCUGCCAUCCAAUGACCUCACCCACAGUUUUUCUUCAUACCUGAAGGAAAUCUGUCCCAAAUGGGCAAAACUUCGUAAAAACCACAAGGAGAAGUCGUCUGUGCUGAUGCUGAUUAUCUGCAGUUCUGCUCUCCGUUGUUUGGAGCUCAUUAAGUCAAUGACGGCAUUCAAAGGAGACUGCAAAGUUAUUAAAUUGUUUGCAAAACACAAAAAGAUAAAAGAACAGAUGAACAUGCUGGAGAAUGGUGUCAUCCACCUGGGUGUAGGAACACCUGGAAGAAUAAAAGCUCUAGUAAAACAAGAUGGCCUUAGCUUGAACUCCUUGAAGUAUCUGGUUUUGGAUUGGAACUGGAGAGAUCAGAAGUUAAGGAGAAUGAUUGAUAUCCCUGAGAUAAGAAGAGAAGCAAUUGACCUUCUGGAAAUGGGAAUUAUAAAGCUGUGCAGAGAGAAUUCUGUGAAGCUGGGACUCUUUUAAUGGUGUAACUAACACGGAUGCAAUUUACAGCUGUAUUUCACUUCUCAUUGUCUGUAGUAGGCAACUGUUCAGUGGCUGACUGGAUUCAGUUCUUCCGUUUCUGAGAUGCUUAGCAGAAAUGCAUAUUACAAUGUUUGUCAGCUUCUGGCCCUCUUAUAAUAAAGCAAAAGUUUGCAUGUA